UUCCAUCAAGUAUUAACUAGAUGAGAAAAUUCCAUAUUAAUACCCUAACUAAAUUCCAUUUAGCUAUUUAAUACCCCAGUUAAAUAUCCCAACUGUAUAUUCUGCUUAUUUUAAACCUCCAACUAUUUCUCGUCUAUUCAUUUUCAAUCGAGCCGUUAACAGAGUUUGAGUUUGACAGAGCUGUAAGCGAUGUUAUAGGGCCGUUCAUGUGUCAACUACAGUAGAAGAACAAACUACAUUAGUUAGAAGGUCCAAUCCCGAGCUCAGACCCAAACCCAAAUGUUUACCUAAACCCAGUAACAGCAAAACCUUUACAAAUAACCCCAAAUUAAAGUUUAAAAUUUCUAAUUCUUCACGAAUGAAUUAAUAAAAAAAAAGAUAAAUACCAAAUUAAACGGAGAUUGAACAAAUCUGGGUUGAAGAUCUACAUCAAAGAGACAAAUGAAGAAGAUAGAAUAUGAAAUAGAACGAUUUUGAUUGGUUUAGUCUUUUUUUUUUUUUUUUUUUUUUGAACACAAUUGGUUUAGUCAAAAAAAGUAAUUUUGACAUUGACCAUGUUUUUAGGAGUAUAAACUAAAUGAAGAGUAUGUGAUAAUUAGUAAGAAUAUGGAAAAAUAAAUUUUGUUCCAUUAAAAGUAUCUAAGCAUUUCACCCAAGAUUUAUGAGUAUCACAAACCGGGAUUAUUGUACCGGAUCUUAAGCCGGGGUUGUACGUAUUGAUUUUUUCAGAAACAUUAAACCAGUUGUUUACAAAAAAUUAUUUUCCUGUUUAAAAUGAAAAUUAUUCUAGAGGCAAUAAAUAUCGUUUUAUUUGUACAAACUGUUUAAUACUAAUAACUUUUUUGUAAAGUUUUCUCUAUUAAUUUAUGAUAAACUGCUUGGGCCUCAGAUUAGCAUUAGUUAAUUCGUAGUCAAACUAUUUGAUCAAUGGAGCUUCCAUCAAAUAUUAAAUACUAGAAAAGUGAAUAGAACAAUUUUUUAAAGAAAAACCAAAUCUGUGUUUCUACUUAAUAUUCUCGUGGAUGAAUGAAAAUAAAAACAAAUUAAAAAUGUUUUUUUUCUGUAACAAUUUCAAUGAUUACCAAGGCAGAUUUUUUUACAAUCACGAGAAUAAAUAAGUGACACCGAAUAUUUGGUUAUGGGUAGGCAGAAGCACUCAGUUAAGGAACCACGUUUCUUGGUUAUGAAUCCUAAUCCGAAACAAUUUUCAUCAGAAAGUGUGCUUUGUCUGAAGUUUCGGACCAAUAACCAAAGAAGAUAUAUACUCGGUACGAAUAUGAAACCAUAAUUUGUUGUUUCGUUUUAACAAAAUUCUUUGAAGCUUUUUUUUUUUAUUUGGGCUUUGCACUUAACUCAUUACCCAGGCAACAGUAAACCAAAAUUACCCACUGUUUUUUUAAUUUUUGUAACAUGAAGUUUGUCAACUUUCUUGUUUGUCUAAGAUAUAUAAUUUUUUUUUUUUUUUUUUUGAAACAAAGAUAUAUAAUUUCAGUUUAACCAAUCAGUAAACAAGAAACAAAUUAACAAAAGGAAAAUACGAACCACUGCACAUGGGGUGAGAAAAUGUUAAUGAUUAAAUUUAACAUAAAACUCUUAAAGUUAAUUUGACAUUUACAGCUGUCUUAGUCUCUAUUAUUUCCUUUUCUUAAUGUAACAUUGCAAGAAAACGGAAACUCAUUCCUUGUUAAAUACCCCACUACUCAUGCAACGCAACAACACAAAUUUAAAGAAACAUAGCACUGACUAUUCCCACAAGUUACGCCUCUGUUUAAAGUUCUACAUUGUCUUUCUCUUUGCUUCCUUCACAAUCCAACUCGGCUAUGUUUCUAGUAUCCUCUGCUAUUCCAAUGGACGUUGCAAAGUCAGAGACUUUAAACACAAACGACUCUUACUUGCCUGUCAAGAAACGUAUGAGACUUAACGAACCACCCACCACCGACAAAGCACUAGUUUCCGCAUCAGACAAGACAAAGUACAAGGGAGUUGUUCAGCAUCAAAACGGUCACUGGGGUGCUCAGAUUUACGUAGACCACAAACGUAUAUGGCUCGGUACUUUCAAAUCAGCUGCUGAAGCCGCCAUGUCUUAUGACAGCGCAUCCAUCAAGCUUCGAGCUUUCGACGCAAACUCGCAAAGAAACUUCCCAUGGUCUGAUUUAACGGUCCACGAACCGGUGUUUCAAAAAGGCUACACAACAGAAGCUGUCCUGAACAUGAUCAAAGACGGCUCUUACCAACGCGAGUUCAAAGAGUUUCUCAAAAACCGUUCUCAGAUUGCAUCAAAACAGAACCGAAGAGAUGAAGAAUCCAACAAGUGCUUCUCAUGCACGCAGCUUUUUCAGAAGGAACUGACAGCGAGCGAUGUAGGGAAACUCAACAGGCUUGUGAUACCGAAGAAGUAUGCGGUGAAGUAUUUGCCUUUCAUAAGCGAAAGAGAAGAGGGUGAAAUAGUAGAAGAUGUUGAGGUUGUGUUUUAUGACAGAGAGAUGAGACCAUGGAAGUUUAGGUAUUGUUACUGGACUAGUAGCCAGAGCUUUGUCUUUACCAGAGGAUGGAUCGGUUUUGUUAAGGAGAAGAGACUAAAGGAGAAAGAUUUGAUCACUUUUUACACUUGUGAUGUUCCUACAUUAGAAGGUCAGAGCAAAAAGUUCUUGAUGAUCGAUGUUCGUUACUUUUCAGACAACAACUCAGCGGUCACUGAUGAGGAAGUAAACAAGACAGUUCAUAAUAACAGUUUUGAUGAUGUAAUGAAACCAGAGAUUAACUCGAAGUUAGGAGGUGAAGAAGAAGCCAAACCAGAGGAGAACAAAGGAGGUUUUAUGUUGUUUGGUGUUAGGAUCCAAUAGUUCAAAGAAUAUAUAUAUCUGUAUCAAAAAUAAUAGAUUCUAAAAAUUGGAAAGAAAAUAAAAUAAUGCGAAAAUAAUAUAUUUUAAAAUUAAUAGACUCAAAUCUUAAAUUUCAAAAUAAAAGGUUUCUAAAACCCCAAGCUUAGUCCCUCUUCUUUCUUAUUUCUUCUCUAUCACUUCAAGACACCAAAUAAUGCAAACCACUAAAGCAUCUAUUAAUGUAUCAAGUAACAUCUGUGAAACCAAAGGACAAAUAAUUUAUGUUCCAAACCUUAAACAUCUGAAAAAGAAAGGCUCAGAAACAUAACAUUGGAGACG